AUGCAGAGAGCCCAGAAACACCAGGUUCCCGGUUCAACUCCAGGCUUAAUAUUACACUAUCAGAUCAGUUACAGCUCUGAAAAUCCAAUAUUGAAUAACAAAGUAGAGUUUCCAUAUGUCUACCGAAUAAUCCCCAAUGAGUUAUCAGAAGUUGAUGCUAUAAUGAGCAUAUUUAAGUAUUUUGGCUGGAAUUGGGUUGGACUUAUUGUAUCAGAUGACGACUAUGGUUACAGGGCAAGUAAAAGACUUGAAAAAGUAAUGAGAAAAGAAAGUGUCUGUUUGGACUUCCUCGUCAGACUUAAAUGUAAUAGUUAUGGAAUAGUCAAAGAAAAAAUUCAAGAAACAAUCUACAAUAGUACAGCUAAUGUCAUCAUGCUCUUUCUCAGUUCAAAGUUUGCUGAAAACAUUAACGAUUUUUUUGAUCAUGAUAAAAUUCCCAAAAAAAUAUGGAUUGCAUCCUCGUAUCUCCCACAUACAGUUUUUAUGCCACUUGUGCCAGCAUUUGAUACUUUAAAUGGCACUUUGGUAUUUUCCAUCCAACAAGGAGAGAUUCCAGGUUUUAAGCAGUUUUUCUAUUCCUUAAAUCCAUUUAAAUAUCAACACGACAUUUUAUUCACAAACAUGUGGCAAUUAUUAUUUCACUGCAACUUGCCAACCAAAACUCAAGUUACAUAUCGAUAUAAUUGCACAGGGAAUGAAUCAUUUGAUAAUAUAGAUCUGGCAGCCUAUGAAACAUUUGAUUUCAGAAUAUCUUAUCGGAUUUACACUGCAGUUUACGCAAUGGCUCACGCUCUCCAUGAACUGUACGGCACAAUGACAAGUCUCCCUAAAUCAGCAGAGAGUCUACAAGUUUAUUUUAAGCAAUGGCAGCUAAAUGCAUUGAUGCGGCGUGUGAAAUUCAGAACAACUUCUGGAGAUGAAAUAAAAUUUGAAAACAAUGGAGACCAACCAGCCCGUUAUGAUAUCCUGAAACACUACUUCUUUAAAUUAGGAAAUCUAAAAAGGAUAAAGGUUGGAAGUUUUGAUGCAUCCAAGUCUGAUGGGAAUCAAUUAUUUAUCAACAACAACGCCAGUCUCUGGGAACCCUAUUUUUCAGAGUUUGUCUAUUCUAAUUGUAGUGAGCCCUGUAUACCAGGGUACAGAAAAGCUAAAAUAGAAGGAAAACCAAGUUGCUGUUAUACCUGUGUACAGUGUGCUGAUGGGGAAAUGUCUAACAUAACAGAUGCUCAAAAUUGCAUGAAAUGCUCUAAAUAUGAAAAGUCAAAUUCUGGAAGAAACAGCUGCAUCCCAAGGAAUAUAAAUUACCUUUCAUAUGAAGAUCAACUGGGCGCUACUUUAUCCUUCAUCUCCAUAAUAUUAUCCAUCAUGUGUGCUGUAAUCCUGGGAAUCUUUAGAAAGUAUCGUGAGACUCCUAUAGUGAGAGCCAACAACCAAUAUCUCAGCUGUCUCCUCCUCAUCUCUCUCAUGUUGUGUUUCCUUUCCUCUUUAUUAUUUAUUGGGCGCCCCACACAGAUAUGUUGUAUCCUUCAACAAGUGAUCUUUGGGAUUGUGUUUACUAUUUCUCUUUCAUCUUUGUUGGCUAAAACUCUCACAGUUAUUAUUGCCUUUAAUGCCACAAAGCCUGGGAGCAAGCUGAAGAAGUAUAUAGGAACCCAACUGUCCAUCAUACUAAUCAUUGUAUGUUCUUUAGGUGAGACUGUGAUUUCUGCUGUGUGGUUGGCCUCCAAUCCCCCAUUUGCAGAGGCUGAUACUCUUUCUGAUCCAGACUAUAUUUUUCUGUUCUGUAAUGAGGGGUCUGGCAUCCUUUUCUUCUGUAUAAUUGGAUAUAUGGGAACCUUGGCCCUACUGAGUUUCAUUGCUGCAUUUCUAGCCAAGGAUUUCCCUGACAGAUUUAAUGAGGCUAAAAACAUCACUUUCAGUAUGUUGGUGUUCUGUAGCGUGUGGGUGACAUUUGUCCCUGCAUACCUGAGCAGUAAGGGGAGUAGAAUGGUGGCAGUUGAGAUAUUUGCCAUUUUAUCUUCCAGUGCUGGAUUGUUAGGCUGUAUAUUCAUUCCCAAAUGUUAUAUCAUUUUUCUAAAGCCUGAACUGAACACAAAAGAACUAAUUGUUAGAAAAUGAUAGAAUUAUACAGGAAUAAGAAUUUCAGAAAAACCUUGAGGAGGAAUAAAGUAGGGUAUCCCUAUAGCAGGGUGAUUGUCAUCCCAGUGACUUUCUAUAUAUGUGUAACCUUGUUAUUAGAUAAGGGGGCUCAAACUGAAAGCCACUUAGGGUGAGAUUUGUGGUGAGUGUUUAUUGUACCAAUACAACUCCAGUAACUAUACCUCAAUGUUUCUAUAUAUCUGUUACCUUGUUAUAAGCUAAGGGGCCCAGCCUGAAAAUCAGUUAAGGAGAGAUUUGGGAUGGAUAUAUAUUGGAACUGCAAAUAUAUCUGGGUGACUAUUACUCCAGUGUUUCUAUAUUUCCAUAACCAUGUCUUGAGCUUAAACUUCCCAGCCUAAUGACAAGUUAUAGUUUGAUUUAACAUGAGGGCUUAUUUGCUGCACUGGGU